AUGGCGGUGAGGCCGCAGGCUCGGCAGGCCCCACGCUGCCUGCCGCUGCUGCCACCCUUGCCUUUCGGGCUGCCCGCUGCUGUGGGGACACCAUGCCUCUACCCAGGCCCGGAGACUAACCCCAAACCUGCACCAUCUCCGGCGAACCCCAGGGGGACUGGCCUGGUGCCCAACCCUCGCUGUGCUGAGGACCGAACUGGCAGUGGCCCCAGCUUGGUGUCUGUUGCAGGUGGCCGGACUACAUCAUGCUGUUCCAGACCCAAGGUGGCAGCUCUCACUGUGGGUACCCUGCUGUUCCUGACAGGCAUUGGGGCCGCAUCCUGGGCCAUUGUGACCAUCCUACUCCAGAGUAACCAGGAGCCACUGUACCAAGUGCAGCUCAGUCCCGGGGACUCACGGCUUGCAGUGUUCGACAAGACGGAGGGAACUUGGAGGCUGCUAUGCUCCUCACGCUCCAACGCCAGGGUGGCAGGUCUUGGCUGUGAGGAGAUGGGCUUCCUCAGGGCUCUGGCGCACUCGGAGCUGGAUGUGCGAACUGCGGGCGCCAACGGCACAUCGGGCUUCUUUUGCGUGGACGAGGGCGGUCUGCCUCUGGCUCAGAGGUUGCUGGAUGUCAUCUCUGUAUGCGACUGUCCUAGAGGCCGAUUCCUGACUGCCACCUGCCAAGACUGUGGCCGCAGGAAGCUGCCGGUGGACCGCAUUGUGGGGGGCCAGGACAGCAGCCUGGGAAGGUGGCCGUGGCAGGUCAGCCUGCGCUAUGACGGGACGCACCUCUGCGGGGGGUCCCUGCUGUCUGGGGACUGGGUGCUGACCGCUGCACAUUGCUUCCCAGAGCGGAACCGGGUCCUGUCUCGGUGGCGAGUAUUUGCUGGUGCUGUAGCCCGGACCUCACCCCAUGCUGUGCAACUGGGGGUUCAGGCUGUGAUCUAUCAUGGGGGCUACCUUCCCUUUCGAGACCCUACUAUCGACGAAAACAGCAAUGACAUUGCCCUGGUCCACCUCUCUAGCUCCCUGCCUCUCACAGAAUACAUCCAGCCGGUGUGUCUUCCUGCUGCGGGACAGGCCCUGGUGGAUGGCAAGGUCUGUACUGUGACCGGCUGGGGUAACACACAGUUCUAUGGCCAACAGGCUAUGGUGCUCCAAGAGGCCCGGGUUCCCAUCAUAAGCAAUGAAGUUUGCAACAGCCCCGACUUCUAUGGGAAUCAGAUCAAACCCAAGAUGUUCUGUGCUGGCUAUCCUGAGGGUGGCAUUGAUGCAUGCCAGGGUGACAGUGGAGGCCCCUUUGUGUGUGAGGACAGCAUCUCUGGGACAUCAAGGUGGCGGCUAUGCGGCAUUGUUAGCUGGGGUACGGGCUGUGCUUUGGCCCGGAAGCCAGGAGUGUACACCAAAGUCACUGACUUCCGGGAGUGGAUCUUCAAAGCCAUAAAGACUCACUCUGAAGCCAGUGGCAUGGUGACUCAGCCCUGAUCCCGCUUCAUCUUGCUGCUCCGCGCUGCACCAGCAUCCAGAGUCAGAGUUGGUCUGGUGGCUCCAGCCCCACGAGGUAGGCUCUGCACUGGGCCUCACAUGGAAUGGUUUUCUGCUUGGAUCCAGUCCACAGGUCCCAGGACUUCUCUUCCACAGUGGCCGGCCCACUCGAUCCCAGGGCCAUUGGCCUCACCCUCCCACCCCAUGUAAAUAUUACUCUGUCCUCUGGGGGUUGCUUCCUAGGCACCCCUUGUGCAGAUGCUCUUUAAAUAAUAAAGGUGGUUUUGAUUAAUGGG